AUGUACUGCAAAGCUGGCCCCGACCCCAACACCGAGAACCUCAAUACCAACACAGCCGUCAACCCUCUCUAUAACCUGACAAAAGAACAAUGGUGGUUCCAACACGACCGCGGGUGCGAUCUCGUGCCCCCUCCCACCGGCGAAUUUCUCGAGCUCCCUGCCAACGGCAACUUCACCGUCGAACUGGCGCACAACCGCGCUCAGACGACGCUUUCCUACGACGGGAAAUUUGCUUCUGACUGGAUUGACGGGAAAGAUCAUCCCGACGACUGGAACUCUUGGGAGGGCCCGGGCAGUGCAUGCCUUGACGACGGCGCUAUGCAUACGUACAACGAGACCAAUGCCGCGGGUACGGCAUGGGCGAUCAGCUAUGAGAGCGAUAUGGCGAAGGUGACAAUGGAGAACUUGGUAGUGUUUAGCACGCUGCAGCACACGCCGUGGAAGAGAAUUGCUACGUACCAAGUCCCCGAUCUACCGGCCUGUCCUGAGGACGGUUGCACCUGCGCGUGGCUCUGGGUCCCUGAUGGCUGUGGACAGCCCAACAUGUACAUGCAGCCAUACAAAUGCACUGUCACAAACGCGAAAUCCACAACACCUGUUGCGAAAGCACAGGCACCUGUUUACUGCGCCGAUGACGCCUCGAAGUGCGUACAGGGCGCUAAGCAGAUGAUUGCCUGGAACCAGCUUGAUGGAAACAACAUCGAGACGGGAGAUCACAUUAGCCCUGGUUACAAUGAGAAGUGCGGGUGGAAGAACGGCGCGCAGGCAGAUAUCUUUGGGCGGCCUGUGGCUGACAACUUUUAA